AUUUCGUAAUUCUUAGAUUUUGGACGCAUAGAAGUCAGAAAUUACUUUCUUUUUCAGCGUUGAUCACAGCGCGUCAUGGCUACACCAGCGAACUACAAACAAAACACAUCAAUGUCGAUGCCAAGUCCUCAAAGCAAUCCGCACUACAUGAUUGCGGGGCCCCCAAUGAGUUUCGGUAUGAUGAAAGGCGGUAUGAAUGCACCGCCACACCAUAACCCAUACCAGUACCACCCGCAAUACCAAGGUGGUCCCCCGAUGGGCCAUGGGGGCGGGUAUGGAUGGCAACCCGCACCGCAACAACCCCGUUUCGGUGCAGAGAGCGCGCGGCGCGCCACGUCGGGGGCGGCGCAGGGCGCUCAAGCAGGCAAGGAUGAUAAGACCAGCCCCUUUGUAUCCACCUUGCAUUCACACCCUGGAUUUCAACCGCAGAAGAUUGGGAAAGGAGCUGUUGCGGGCGCCGGCCUGCCCAAGCCCCCGAAGCCUCCAGAAAAGCCCCUCAUGCCAUACAUGCGCUACUCUCGCCGCGUCUGGGACAGUGUGAAAGCGGCCCAUCCGGACCUCAAACUGUGGGAGAUCGGCCGCAUCAUUGGAGGCAUGUGGAGGGAUCUCCCGGAGUCAGAGAAGGCUGUGUUUGUUGAUGAAUAUGAAGCGGAGAAGGCGGAGUACGAAAAGAGCCUGAAGGCGUACCACAACUCACCCGCCUACCAGGCAUACAUCGCGGCCAAAAAUAAGGCCGUAGUAGUAGGGAACUUGGAGGAGGAGAGUUCCAGUAAAAAAGGAAGCUCGCAGAAGGAGCAGCAACAGCAAGACAGACGGAUUGAUAUUCAGCCUGCAGAGGAUGAGGAGGACCAAGACGAAGGUCUAUCAGUGAAGCACAUCGCCUACGCGCGUUACUUACGCAAUCAUCGUCUCAUCAACGAGAUAUUCAGCGAUACGGUCGUUCCCGAUGUUCGCUCCGUUGUCACCACGGCCAGAAUGCAGAUCCUGAAAAAGCAAGUGCAGUCUCUGACGAUGCACCAAAAGAAGCUGGAAGAUGAGCUCCAGCAAAUCGAGGAGAAGUUCGAGGCCAAGAAACGCAAGUUCAUUGAGAGCAGCGACGCCUUCCAGGAGGAACUGAAAAAGCACUGCAAACCGGCCGUGGACGACGAGACCUUCCAACGCAUGGUGGAGCGCGCCCUGGAGCAGAUGCGGCGCGGGAUCAACCCCGCCACGCAGGCCCUAGUCAGUGUCGAGAGGAAGGAUGAGCCCAUGGAUCAAGACCAAAACGUCAUCAAACAAGAAAGCAACGGGCCCAACCCCCCCACUCAGGUCGAUAAGGUGUCUACUACUGAAGUGAAACCAGACGGCGGCAAUGUCACCACAGAGUUGAAUAAGACCGAGCCUGAUGUGAAGAAAGAAGAAAAUGGACAUGCUGAAGAAGGAGAGCGCAAGGAGCCAGCGCCCGACGUGAAGAGCGAGCAGCACGCGCCCGCCCCUGCGCCCGCGCAGCACGCAGCUAUGAUGAUGGCGCCGAAUCCGAACCCGAACCCGAACCCAACCGCGCCGCACGGACCCCCGCCGCCCGGAGCGGUGGGGUACGCGUACGGGCCGCGCUACUACCCGGGCUACCCGCAGUUCCCGGCCGGCUACCCGCCGCGGCCCUACCUGCCCGAGCACUACCACCCGCACCACCCGCAGCCGGACUACCCGACCGAGGAGCCGCCUGCAAAGAAAGAGGUCGAAUGAUUGUCACCCAAACGCGUCGUCAAGCGACGGCGCAAGUCCUCCUCGAAGGACGCCCAGUGAAUAGACACUUAGUGCGUUCAGUGGUUUUACUUGUAAGAACUAAAGUGCUACUCCAAGCACACAAUAAAUAGUUGACAGCGAUUCAGGGACGAAUCAUGCCGUCCCUUUCUAAUGUAUGGUACCAUGCCUUUCGGCUAUUUAGGGUUGUCAAAAUUCAAAUCAUUAUCUUAUCGUGGUCAUGCACGCAAAGGGAUGUCAAGUUGUGUCAACCUUAAUAAUUGCUUAGAGCAAUAGUGAGCCGAACAGAGCCGAGAAUGCCCGAAAGGAGUGUCCCCCCCACUGCUCAAAGCUCGAAAAUGAGUCUUGAAAGAAUUCACUAUUUGCAUUACUCUCGGGUGUAUGGUUUUGCUUGUAGAUGAAGCAAAUAUGACCUCGUGAUUUUUCGAGCUACGGAGAGUAGAUUUAACCUUUUCAAUAUUGUAUACUAGAAACGUUCAGUAUAUUUUUAAACAUGCGUUUAGUGAUUCUGCCCGUUUUAUGGCGUUAUUUAUAAACGCUACAAGCUUCGAUUAUCUAAUAAUUAUUUGUCUUUGUCAUUUUGACUUGUAUUUGUAAGAAAGGGAUUGUUUUGUCACUUUCUUACAAUUAACUAAUUAAGGUUUGUAAUGAUGAAGAUGGGGUAUUAAGGAUUUUCUAGACAAAACUUGUUUACAUGUAAUAUUUUGAGAAGGUUAGCUGUCUAUAAAAUAAAUAAAUAAAAACCUUUUAUUUCAGGCAUUUACCCAUAUUGCGUACAAAUGUCUAUGUCAAUCAAAAGUUAUCACACGAUUUAGUGGUAGGGUAGGUAUAGAUAUUGGCUACUAAAAUGUGACCAUUUCUAUUUGUAACUAUAAUGUUAUGGCACUUAAUACUGAUAGUAAUGAUAUUAGGUUGACAUUGUGGAAUUAAUGCGCUACUGAUUUUAUGUUGUAAUUUUUGUGUAAAUUAUUACUUCAUGAUUCAUAUGUCUACAUUUGGAUUUUGUAAAAUCAACAUUGUCAAAAUUUUUAGUUAUAAUAAAAAGACUAUUGUAGUGCUUAGAAAUGUAAUUCUUAUAUACAAAAUAUGAUAAUUUUAUCUUGAUUUAUAUUAAGUAAUAAAUAAAAUUAAAUCAGGAAUUCACAGGAUUUAUUUCUCCUAGUGAAUACCUGGUGUAAACAUCAAUACUUUAAAGUAAGUUAGAUAUUUUGUAAUUUAUCUUGUGUAAUAAAUAAUAGUAGCGUAUAAAAAGGUCUCCAACGUUGUAAGUGUUAAAUUACUUGUUAUUUUUGUAGGAAAUGUUCGUGCAUAUGAAAUCGCAUGAAUAAAUUAAGGCUUUUAAAGUGAGUGAAGCAGACCUACCAUACGCUAGUAUUGUUUAUACAUCAAUCUACUUUUAAAAUCGCACUUUUUUAUCUUUAAGUAUUUCAAAUACUUGUGGAUAUCCACUGACCGAGCUUAUGCACAUGUCUAAAUCUAAAGAACCUUCCAUAUAUUAAUUAUAUUUCAUGUUCAUAAAAAGAAAACUUUGUUUCUGUCAAAUAUCAUGAUUCAUGAAAAUCUUGAACAUGGACUAAAAAUACUCAUGGUGUCAACUUUCAACAAAAAACGUCAAAAUAUGACAUUUAUAGUUGCUUUUCCACACUUUGUCGCUGCAAAGCCAGUAGAGAAGUUAGGUUAGACGAUUACUAACCAGCAAUUUUAAGUACAAUAAUUUGAAGUUUUGUCACUUUUGAACCUUAAUGCCUUAACAUAGAAUCGAAAAGUGACAAACCUUCAACACAUAACACGAAAGUGCGCCCCUAGUUUGACAGUUUUGACACCAACGCCCGAUCGAUAAAAGAGUGUGGUUGUAAAAGUGGUCGUUUCCGGUUUAUCUAUCGUCUAUUCGGUUGCUGUUGCGGCCGAACUGCGCGAUGACGGGCCGCCCGCUCAGGAUGGUGCCGUUCACUUCCUGCAUCGCCUGUAUCGCCACGUCUUCAUCUGUGUACAAUAAAUAGUUUGUAAUAACAA